GUCAAUUAGGGCCCUUGCCAAUAAUUGGUAUGUCUCGCGUGCUUGUCCACUUUUCCUUGUUGACAUCUCCUUCAAACAGUCGCUCGCUGGCGUACUUUUGUCGUAAUCGCAACCAUCGCAAUCGCUCCGUGGAAGACCUAAACUUUGGAGCUACUGAUAUUCGGAACUGGGACCGGAAUUGCUGAACAUCUCUUAAGAAGAGGACGACUGCCACUACAGCCUCUACUGCGGUUGCGCAAACAGGAUCACGCGAUUCGCAAAAACUCAAAUGCCGUCGUCAGUACACUCGAAGGACAAGCAAACCUUCAAGAGCGACCUGGUCGAAUCACAAAAGACUCCCCGACCAUCUUCAGCUGAGGAAGCCGAAGAGUCACCAUACCGUGACGAGGAGAAAGGCAUUGAACCCACACAACAUGCAGAAAAGGCACUCGACGCGCACUCAACCAAGACAACGGAGUCCGUAAUCCCUUCACCGCCUGAUGGCGGUCUUCAUGCGUGGCUGAAAGUCUUCGGCGGCUUCAUGAUAUACAUCAAUAUCUGGGGCUUCACACUCUCCUACGGCACCUUCCAAGCCUACUACAAGUCUGACCUUCUCUCCUCCGCCUCGCCUUCGGCCAUAUCAUGGAUCGGCACCGUGCAAGCCUGGCUGCUCAUCUUCUUCGGUGUCUUGUCCGGUCCGUUAUUCGAUCUGGGCUACUUCCGCGUCAUGCUUGUUGCUGGUAAUGUCUUGGUCGUUUUCGGCAUCAUGAUGCUCAGCUUGAGCACGCAGUAUUGGCAGGUGUUUCUGAGCCAGGGGAUAUGCAUGGGUCUUGGGGCGGGGCUGCUAUACAUUCCGAGUUUGGCGCUGGUGGGGAUCUGGUUUGAUAAGAAGAGGGCGAUUGCGCUGGGCAUUGUUAUGAGCGGGAUUGCCGUUGGUGGUGUUGUUUACAUCAUAAUGUUCGAUCGGCUGUUGAAGUCUUCUGGCUUCCCGUGGGCUAUGCGCGCCAUUGGCUUUGUUGCGCUCGCUGCUGCGUUGCUCUCUAUUCCUGCCCUCCUUAGCGGCUCAAGUGUCCUGACCACGAAACGGAAGCCUCGAGCUCUGUUCGACAAGACAGCGUACAAAGAUAAGCUGUUCCUCAUCUUCACAUCUUGCUCUUUCUCGACGUUCCUGGGCUACAUCAUACCCUACUUCUAUAUUCCCACGUAUGCGAGGGACCGACUGGGCCUAAGCCAGAGUAUGGGCCUGUACAUGCUGGUCAUGGCUAUUGCAGCGAGCUUCUUCGGGCGGUUGGUCAGCGGAGCUCUGGCGCAGUGGCUUGGACCGAUUGUGACCUGGGCACUAUGUACUUUUGCAUCCGCCAUUUUGUCGUUGUGUUGGAUUAGUAUCGACGAGGAGGCCAACUUCAUUGCAUUCAGUAUACUAUGGGGCUUCUUCUCCGCCGCCCUAGUCACCCUGCCCUCCGCAGCAUUCGCAAACAUCACUCCCGAUCUUUCGCGGCUGGGCACACGCCUUGGAAUGAGCUGGAGUGUAUCGAGCAUAGCAACCCUCAUUGGUGCGCCAAUCGCCGGUGCGCUACUCAAGACAAAUGCAGACGGACACUUGAACUUCAUUGGUGUCCAGAUCUGGAGUGGCGUGUGUUUGCUGAUAGGGACGGGGUUCUUAUGCGUCCUGUGGUUCGUAACGAUGAAAACACAGAACAAAGGGUGGAGGGUAUGAGAGAAGUAGCAAUCGAU